CCAAAACAGCAGCCAAUUAUGGCGCCUGCACCAGAUGACCCGCCGCCAUUUCGCGCGCUGAAGCUUGAUUUUGCAUCGUCACCCCUUCUUGCGCAUCCACGCCAAUUUCCACGAAGCCUCCCUUCGCUUGUUCGCCAGCUAUUUCUAUCAUUACGCAUUCGCUGCCUGUUUCUUUCUUCUUCAUCUCUUACCAGCAUAGGGCAUCCAUCAUUUCGUCUCAUCCUCAGGCCGCAUCGAUCGUGCUUCUUCAGGUCAUCGUGUGAGUGCCCCUCGAACAUCAGAUCGAAUCGCACAUAUCAUCAAUCCCAAACGUACACAGCAUAUUCUAUGACACCGCUAUGAACACUACGCUUUAAACAAAUCUCUUGCAACGAUUACAUCACUGUCAUUGUACAGCCCGACCCUACCGCCCCGACGCGCCGUCUGUGCGCUUCCCCUCCGAUACUCCGUCAUCAUGCUCUCCCACGCCGGGCAAUCACAAUCGCGCGACUCGCUGGAGCUGGCAUCUCUUGCAAGCUCAAGCGUUAUGCACGAUGGCACAGCCGCCUCUGAAGUUUCUUCAAGACCAAGCAUCUCAUCGUCCCGCCGACUAUCACUCGUCGAGGAAGACCCCCUGGAAGACUCGAACCCAGCGGGCAGACACGGCCGAUCAUACUCUGUCUCUUCUACAUUUGACUUCUCUGCCAACCUAUUUCCUCUAAGCUCUACUGCCGGUGCCGGUGGAUACGCCCCUAUAGGUGCGCCAACCUCUGCAUCACGGGCUACUGGCGGUUUAGGGGGCGGUUCCCUAGAGAAGCACAAGACUCUUACAUAUCUGAAUGGCCUUUCCCUCAUCGUCAGUCUCAUUAUUGGCUCGGGUAUCUUCUCGUCCCCCAGUCAGGUUAGCUCACGAGUCGGAUCUACUGGCGCUGCUCUGAUUGUCUGGGUUGUUGCGGGCCUGUUAGCUUGGACUGGCGCUGCAUCGUAUGCUGAGCUGGGCGGUGCUAUUCCGUUAAACGGUGGUGCACAGGUAUACCUGGCCAAAACAUUUGGAGAGCUGGCCGGCUUUCUUUUCACAUGGGUGGCCGUGCUUGUCCUGAAGCCUGGUAGUGCGGCCAUUGUCGCCAUCAUCAUGGGCGAGUACUUUGUCAGAGCCAUUAUUGGCGCUGAAGCAGAAACGAUUAAUCCUUGGAUAAAUAAAGGCGUUGCCUUUGUGGGUAUUAUUGCCGUCACGUUGCUAAACUGCGUAUCAACUCGUGUGGGAACUCGUGUCAACGAUUUGCUCAUGUUCCUCAAGUUCGUCGCACUCUUGUUUGUUACAAUCGUCGGCGUGGUGGUCGCCAUUACAGGCCGCACAUUUACUGGCCCUGCCAAUCUGGAAUGGAAAACGCAUGAUUGGUUUGCAGACACCUCGUCUGAUCUCUCCAACUGGGCUUUGGCACUAUAUGCCGGCCUCUGGGCCUUUGACGGCUGGGACAACACAAACUACGUCGUCGGAGAGUUUCGUAACCCAAGUCGUGACCUCCCUCGUGUAAUUCACACGGCUAUGCCCCUCGUCAUCGUCUCUUACAUUCUAGCCAACAUUGCGUACUUCCUCGUUCUCCCGCUGGAAACCAUCAACGACACCAACACCGUGGCCGUCAUGUUUGGGUCAAAAGUGUUUGGAUCUGCUGGCGCAUUUGUUCUUGCGCUCAUUGUCAGUGCCAGCUGUUUUGGGGCCCUAAACUCGUCUCAAUUCACAGCCAGCCGUCUUGUGUACGUGGCCGGUAAAGAGGGUUAUAUCCCCGCCAUAUUUGGUCGUAUUGGCUUUGGCGAUCGGCCUCUGGAAGACAGCUUAUCGACACAACGUACGCGAAGCUGGCUCAUCAAAAAGCUCAGAAGAUACUGUGGCGAUGAGGAAGUCGGCCUCUUCUUUACACCCAUGUACGCACUCCUCCUUAACUGCGUCUUGGCCCUAGCGUAUUGCGCAGUCGGCGAAUUCGGCACGCUUGUUACGUUUUACGGCGUCGCUGGCUACACGUUUUACUUUGUUACGGUGCUGGGCCUCAUCAUCCUCAGAGUCCGUGAACCGAAUCUUGAACGGCCAUACAAGACUUGGAUAGUAACACCCAUCAUCUUCUGCUGCGUUAGUCUAUUCCUUCUUAGCCGUGCAGUGUUUGCACAGCCCCUUCAGACCCUCAUAGUCGUUGGGUUUGUCCUUGCUGGCAUUCCCGUCUACUUCUGGCGUAUCCGCGGCAGAGACCGUGUCGCACCUCGCAAGUUUGGUGACCUCAGCCGUGAUGAUGGAGAUGACAAGUCUUGGUGGCAGUUUUGGAAAUGAUGUUUUUAUUUUGAAAGCAAGCGUGUACUUUUAUCCAGUAUUUUCAAGUAUAAAUAGAGGCCCAGCAUGGGAAAGGAUGGACUGGGCUGUGUUAAGCAUCAAGUUUGGUUAGUUAGCAGGUCAUCCUUUUCUACACAGCGUGGUAGUGUUUAACAAUCAACAAAUCAUACACA